AUGUCACGUCUCGAAAUGCGCAUCACAAAUGCGGCAGCCUGCGGCAGCCGACCACGUUUUUUGUCAAUGUUCAUAAGGCAUGGCAGGAGUUUUGCAAAUCAGUCUGUCAACUACAUAACACUCCACGACUUCGUCAUCUGUUUGGUUGGCCUGCUCGAACGCGACCACAAUGAAAACUUUGUUGUAGCAAAUUUCAGUCGACAACUGACACGACUGGUGGAAAAACUUGAUACGAAGCAUAGCAAAUCUUUUUGUCAAAUGUAA